GACAUCUGACACGGAGUCUGCAAUGUCUCGAGUCUAUCACGGCGGAUUCCAGAAACUCUCAUCAAGUUUAUUGUAUAUAUAUUUAUAUCGUUAAUGUCGAAUUCAGAUUAUCUCAGAAAUCAGUAAUAUAUUCACAGUGUUCAAUAUGUUGAAAACUUGACGGUACUAAAACAAACACAAGUUGUUUAUGUAACAGGAGAAAGAGAAAUGCAACAUUCGAACUCUGGACGUACACUCUAACCAAUUGAGCUACCUGGUCGCCAGCGAUCGUCCCAGUCCAAUUCCGCUACACUGAUAAAGCUAUUACAAAUAGACAGGCUCGAAGAAUCUACCGGUUGGUGUUCUAGUUGAAUUAUGCCUCCUAAGAAAAAGGACGAUGGGGCCUCAGCCAUACCCCCUCUGAUAGGUCGUCUGGGAACCAACCUCAAGAUCGGCAUUGUGGGUCUGCCUAAUGUAGGAAAAUCCACAUUCUUCAAUGUACUUACAAAAAGUUCUAUCCCUGCAGAGAAUUUUCCUUUCUGCACAAUUGAUCCAAGUGAAAGUCGUGUUGCAGUUCCGGAUGCCAGAUUUGACCAUCUUUGUCAGUAUUAUUCACCAUUAAGCAAAGUGCCAGCGUAUUUAAAUGUGGUGGACAUUGCCGGCCUAGUGAAGGGUGCUCACGAAGGUCAAGGUCUCGGCAAUGCUUUCCUGUCAAACAUCAACGCAUGUGAUGCCAUAUUCCAUCUAAUCCGUGCAUUUGAUGACGAAGAGAUUGUCCACGUGGAAGGUGAUGUAAACCCGGCACGUGAUUUGGAAAUUAUCCACAACGAGCUGCGACUAAAGGACAUAGAAUACCUAACCAAACAGCUAGAUGGACUAGAGAAAACUGUCGUCAGGGGAGGUAACAAGCAGGGCAAGGAUGAAUUGGAUUGUUUGUUGAAAGUCAAAGAUGUACUUGGUGCAAACAAAUGGGUACGACAAUCUCAAUGGGACAAUAAAGAGAUAGACGUUUUAAAUGGACACCUUUUCCUGACUUCCAAACCUGUUAUUUAUCUCGUAAAUUUAUCAGAAAAAGAUUACACAAGAAAGAAGAAUAAAUGGUUAGUGAAAAUAAAGGAAUGGAUCGAUGCUAACGACAAGGGCGCCACUGUGGUCCUGUUUAGUGGGGUACUGGAGACUAAACUCCUCGACAUGGCCGACGAUGAACGUGAAGCGUACCUCAAGGAACAUUCAGUUGUCAGCGCCCUAGACAAAAUCAUCGUAAACGGUUACAAGACACUCAACUUGGUGUACUUUUUCACGUCUGGAAAGGAUGAGGUCAAGGCCUGGACAAUACAUAAAAACACCAAAGCACCACAGGCAGCUGGUCGGAUCCACACUGACUUUGAGAAAGGCUUUAUCAUGGCUGAGGUUAUGAACUAUGCAGAUUUCAAGGAGUUUGGUUCUGAAAAUGAUUGCAAGGCCAAUGGAAAGUACCGUCAAAAAGGUCGCGACUAUCAUGUGGAAGAUGGUGACAUCAUCCUGUUCAAGUUCAACGCCGGAGCUGGAUUGUCAGAAAAAAAGAAAAAAUGAAUGAUAUUUCUAAAUAUUCCAGCUGCAUUAAGACACAACCUGUAAUCUUCAGUAUGAGACCAUGCACGUUCAUUGUAUGUGUGAUAAAAAAGCCCAAGGAGGAUGAAAGUAAAACGGAUUGUCCGCAUCUGUAGGUCAGGACCAGCAUGUUAUCUACAACAUGAAAUUCUCAGCUCUUCAAAUAAUGAAUUUUGCAAAUAAAUAAAUCUGAAACAAGGAUUAAAACAUUCUAUUUCAGUCCUAUUAAACUAUUAAGAAGCACAUGAACUAAUUUACAUGGUUUUGUGUUCACACAGUACAUGCAAUCAUUUUACUUGAAACUUUACAAUUUUAAUUAUCACACACGUUUUCAUGGUGAAUUAUCUCCCUUUAGUUAUUUAGUUUGAAAUUCUAUUACUUAAAGUUCUUUUUUCUUCAGAAAAAUGCCUUUAAAAGGGACAAAAUUCCUACAAAGUUUUAAUAGGAAUCUUUUCUAAUUGUCUUUAAAUGGAUUUGUCUUAAAAUUGCUAAGGAUUUGCGGGGGGGGUCAAAAAAUAACAUUUGCUAAAACCAUCAUACAAGUGUUCAAAAACUGUCUCGCAAGUUGAUUUAUAAGGAAGCUGUCAGAAUUAAAAGUGAAAAUGAGCCAUAUAAAAUGGCCUUAAAUUUAUUAUUUUGACAAUGAGUCCCAAAUUACCUGUGUGAAUCUUGUUUUCUUGUUCUGUUGAAUUUCUGAAAGCUACUGGUGCAGUGAGUCUUACCACGGAAUAUUUCAUCAGUGUUAUUGUUGUGUACAGGAAAUGCAAGUCACCAAUGAAAUCGAAAAACUCAUUUAAACUGACAACGCCAUAAGACUGAAGAAUUAUUUUACAUUAUAUUCAUGUAUUGCCAAUAUUAGACAAUUGCUUGUUGAAAGAUCAUACCUUAGUUUCAUUCUCGUUCCUGAACAGGAAAUUCCGUUGGAAAGCAUUGCUGGGAAUGGCAUGGGGAAUGAAAUCUGAAGGAAAUUUUCGGUUAUUUCAACUAAAUGCAAAUGGCAAAAAAAAAUCUAAAAGUUAAAGAUACAGAAUUUUCUUUGACAUCAGUUAAUGAACCUUCAUAUAGCUUAAAUUGUAUGACUGCACUUUUCUAAUUUGAUAGUAUUUAUUGCUUGGGUUUGCAGUUGCAGCAAAAUUAUUGAUGUAAGAUUUAUUACGGAAACAAUUUAUAUGUUACAGAUAAUCAAUUUAUACUUAAAAUACCACAGAGUAUUGGCGGUUUUAAAUUAAUGAGUAGAUAGUACAUUAAUACUGUACCAGUUACCUGCAUUACAGAUCAGUGAUAAAUUAUUGUCGAUUCCACUUUAUGAAUAUUUAAAGAUAUUUCACAGCUCUGCCUCAUUUAACCACUCUUGACAAUUUCACAGAGAAAAAAACACCUCCAGACACUCAAAUUUAAGAGGAAUUUGAGAACUUUUUAAUUAUUUGCAAUUUUUAAAAUGGUUAUCAAAUGCUGAAAUGUGAUUUUUCAUUGAAUAAAAUUAGUAGAUAUUGUUAUUCAUAUUUUUACUGAUCUUGAAUGCUUUAUAUGCCGCCAUCCCACGGAAUUGACACAUUUCUAGUUUCAAAUUAAUUCUAUUUAUUUGUGUGUACUAAGUGGAUUUGGUGUGAGUAAUAAAAUAGUGUAUAUCUUCUGAAAUUCUCAUGAAUAUUCAUUGAGAAAAAAUCUCAUGAAUAUUCAUUGAGUUGUCAAAAAUCAGUCCACCAAACAAAUGGAAUAGAUGUGGAGUAUGUACCUAGAUAUCGUGGGGUAAUUUGUAAAUCUGAUGCCACUGACAGAGUUGUAGGCAUCAUAACCUUGUAAUUAUUAAAUGUUGAAAGCAAGUAUUUGGAAAAAUUAUGAUUACAGCAAACAAGUACAAAUUGUCCAGGAAAUGUGUUUCUCUGUACAAUUUUAUGUAUGAAGUUAUCAGAAUGAAAAUAAAAUGAAACCAACUGGAGAU